AUGGCGUCUGUGUUUCGCAGUGAGGAGAUGUGCUUGUCACAGCUGUUUCUCCAGGUGGAGGCUGCGUACUGCUGCGUGGCUGAGCUUGGCGAGCUGGGCUUGGUUCAGUUCAAAGAUCUCAACAUGAAUGUGAACAGCUUCCAAAGGAAAUUUGUGAAUGAAGUCAGAAGGUGUGAGUCGCUGGAGAGGAUCCUCUGUUUUCUGGAAGAUGAGAUGAAAAACGAGAUUACGAUUCAAGUGCCUGAGAAGUACCCCCCGACCCCUCUCCCACGGGAGAUGAUUACUCUAGAGACUCUUCUGGAAAAACUAGAAGGGGAGUUACAGGAAGCCAACCACAACCAGCAAGACCUGAAGAAAAACUUCCUACAGCUGACGGAAUUCAAACAUCUCCUGAAGAAAACCCAGGACUUCUUUGAGGCUGAAACCAACCUAGCUGACGAUUUUUUUACGGAAGACACCUCGGGUCUCUUGGAGUUGCGAACUUCGUCCGCAGUGAUGCCUGGGAAGCUGGGGUUCACCACCGGCGUGAUAGACAGGGGGAGGAUGGCUGCCUUCGAGAGGCUGCUGUGGCGCGUUUGCCGCGGAAACAUCUACCUGAAGUUCAGUGAGAUGGACGUACUCCUGGAGGAGCCAGUCACCAAAGAAGAAAUUAAAAAGAACAUAUUCAUCAUAUUUUAUCAAGGAGAGCAGCUGAGGCAGAAAAUCAGGAAGAUCUGUGACGGGUUUCGAGCCACCAUAUACCCCUGCCCAGAGCCUGUGGCGGAGCGCAGAGAUAUGUUGGCUGAGGUCAGCGUGAGGCUGGAAGACUUAAACAUUGUGAUCACCCAAACGGAGUCCCACCGUCAGCGCCUGCUACAGGAGGUGGCUGCCAACUGGCACUCGUGGGCAAUCCAGGUGCAGAAGAUGAAGGCCAUUUACCAUACCCUGAACCUGUGCAACAUCGACGUCACCCAGCAGUGCGUCAUCGCCGAGGUCUGGUUCCCGGUGGCGGACACCGCACGCAUCCAGAGGGCCUUAGAGCAGGGCACGGAACAAAGUGGCUCCGCCAUGGCCCCCAUCCUGACGGCAGUGCAGUCUAAAGCGGCUCCUCCCACAUUCAACAGGACCAAUAAGUUCACAGCUGGCUUCCAGAACAUCGUCGAUGCCUAUGGCAUCGGUAGUUACCGGGAGUUAAACCCAGCUCCCUACACCAUUAUCACCUUCCCCUUCCUGUUUGCCGUGAUGUUCGGGGACAGUGGGCACGGGGCGGUGAUGCUGCUAGCUGCCCUGUGGAUGGUCCUGAACGAGAGGGCCCUGCUCUCCCAGAAGACCGACAACGAGAUUUGGAACACCUUCUUCCACGGACGCUACCUGAUCCUACUCAUGGGCAUCUUCUCCAUCUACACGGGCCUGAUCUACAACGACUGCUUCUCCAAGUCUUUCAACAUCUUCGGCUCUUCAUGGAGUGUCCGACCUAUGUUCAGAAAUGGCACAUGGAAUGGCCACGUACUGGAAACAAAUGCCUUUCUACAGCUGGACCCGGCCGUCCCGGGAGUGUAUUCUGGAAACCCAUAUCCGUUUGGGAUUGACCCGAUUUGGAACUUUGCUUCGAACAAGCUAACAUUCUUGAACUCCUAUAAAAUGAAGAUGUCCGUCAUCCUGGGAAUUGUCCAGAUGGUUUUCGGGGUUAUUCUCAGCCUCUUCAAUCACAUAUACUUCAGAAAAGUGCUCAACAUCAUUCUGCAGUUUAUCCCCGAGAUGAUUUUUAUCCUGUGUCUGUUUGGAUACCUGGUUUUCAUGAUCAUUUACAAAUGGUGCCAGUUUGAUGUCCACACGUCCCAACACGCCCCAAGCAUCCUCAUCCACUUCAUCAACAUGUUUUUGUUCAACUAUGACGACCCUUCCAACGGGCCCCUGUACAAACAUCAGCGAGUUGUCCAGAGUUUCUUUGUGGUUAUGGCCCUGAUUUCUGUGCCCUGGAUGCUUCUGAUUAAGCCGUUCAUUCUGAGAGCUAACCAUCGGAAAGCCCAGCUGCAGGCAUCCAUGGUCCAAGGAGACUCCACAGAGAGCAUUGAAGGUGGCAACUCAAACCUCUCCAUCAGUUCUAAUCAGAAGGCUUCUGCAGGAGACCAGGGAGCCCAGGACGACCAUGAGGAAGAGUUCAACUUUGGAGACAUCUUUGUCCACCAGGCCAUCCACACCAUCGAGUACUGCCUGGGCUGCAUCUCCAACACGGCCUCCUACCUGCGCCUCUGGGCCCUGAGCCUGGCCCACGCCCAACUCUCUGAAGUGCUCUGGACCAUGGUGAUGAACAUUGGUCUUCGCCAGCGAGGCUGGGGAGGACUCAUUGGGGUCUUCAUCAUUUUUGCCAUAUUUGCUGUCCUGACGGUCGCCAUCCUCCUCAUCAUGGAGGGCCUCUCUGCUUUCCUGCACGCCCUGCGACUCCACUGGGUGGAGUUCCAGAACAAGUUCUAUGUCGGGGCUGGUUAUAAGUUUUCUCCGUUCUCCUUUAAACACAUCCUGGACGGGACGGCGGAGGAGUAG